GGCAAGCGUCUGGCCCGUCUACUCAAAGCAGCCAAGCUCAAGGUCUCCAGCGCCUGCAUCGAGGACAUCGACUGGCGAAGCUCCCGAGGCUUGGACCGGCAACUGAUCGCGCAGCUGACCUCCUGCGACUGGCUACGUCACGGACACAAUGUGCUGAUUACCGGCGCGACCGGCGUCGGCAAGACAUGGCUGGCUUGCGCUCUCGGUCAGCAAGCAGCCCGGUCCGGAUUCACAGUGCUGUACCUGAGAGCGCCCAGAAUGCUUGAAGAGCUGCGCGUCGCCCAUGGCGACGGCAGCUUCACUCGCCGGCUCGCUCAGCUGGCCCGAACUGAUUUGCUGGUCAUUGACGACUUCGCCAUCGCACCGAUCUCAGCCUCAGAGCGCAAUGACUUGCUGGAGCUUCUGGACGACCGAGUCGGCUCCAAGGCCACGCUCAUCACCAGCCAACUUCCAGUCAAUUCGUGGCACGAGUGGCUCAAUGACCCGACACUUGCCGACGCCAUUCUGGAUCGCAUUGUUCACUCUGCUCACAAGAUCGGCCUCAAGGGCGAAUCGAUGCGCAGAAAGCAAGCCAAGGCAUGA